UUCACUCAAAUUCCAAUGUUUGAACCCAUACAAGCUCAGAAAUUUCCUGGGUUUUCCGGGAAUACAAAUGGGUUUUUGUUUGAUAGAAAGCUGAGGGUUUGUGCGAGUGCGAAAAAUGAGGGUGUUGAUGCAGCUGAGGACGAGAGUAAAGGGGAGAGUACUAUGCCAGAGCGGUUCAGGUACUUGACCAAGGAAGCUCCUGACCCUCCUGUUAGGUGGCCUUGGUUUGUUGCAUUGGUGUUCCUUAUCUAUGCAUGGAGAGCUGUCUUGCUGGAAUUAGCUAACUGGAGAAAGGCUGCAGUGGGCGUUGUCCGUUUUGUGGGAUACCUCUUGAAACUUAUCCUGGCGCUAAUCUUCCAUUUCAUAGGUGAUCCCAUUACUUCUGUGAUCAGAUUCAUAGAAACAACACUCUAUGCCAUACGCUCUUUCUACUCUGGCAUAGUGGCAUACGCUCCAAUUCCAGAGUUGACAACAGUGAUCAUACUGGCAUCCAUUGUUCUUGCUAUCGCAGAAGCUGUUGUUCCAAACACCGUAAACUGUCAACCCUUUCUUCUCACAGCGUCUGGCGUGGUAGGCUAUGCAGCAGUGGCAGGUUACAUCUCAGAGCCUUUCUUCUGGACGAUUCUAGUGGCGUUCUACGGUUACUCACGAUUAGUUAAAAAGAGGGAUGAUGUUACAUCCGCAUUGCCUGCGGCAGCUGUGAUGGCUGCCAUAGGAGAACCAUGGGUUAGAGUUUUGGUAAUCGCAUCUUAUCUGGCCUUGGCCAUUUUUCACCACUCAAAGAAGGUAUCAGAGAAAAAGGAGGAAAUUGUAGUGACUAAUAGGAAGCUUCCAAUGCCCUUGCUCGGUGCAGGCUUAGCCAUUGGAAUUCGCCUUGCUGCUAAGUGGGCCGGGUACCGGCAUUUGACAUGGAUGAUAGUAUGAACGUUAAGAAUACCUUGUUAUGCCUGUUGGACUGCAAAGGCAGUGGCAUUGUGCCUUCUGUGUCAUCUCUCUGUAAUUUCGAUUGGUGUAGUGAUCCUGUUUUGUUCUUCCUA